AUGAAGCUUCAGUUCUCAAAUCCAGGCCUGGAGGACAGAAUCUUGUCCCAUGAACAGCUGGAGCGCCUGGAGAAGGAGGAGGCAGAUGAUCGGCCCAAGUGGGACAACAAGGCACAGUACAUGCUGACCUGUGUGGGCUUCUGUGUAGGGCUCGGAAAUGUGUGGCGCUUUCCAUAUCUUUGUCAGAGUCAUGGAGGAGGAGCAUUUAUGAUUCCAUUUCUGAUUCUGCUGGUACUGGAGGGAAUCCCACUUUUGCAUCUGGAGUUUGCAAUUGGUCAACGUUUAAGAAGAGCCAGUUUAGGAAUGUGGGCAGCUAUUAAUCCCUAUCUAACUGGAAUUGGUAUUGCAUCUAUGGGUGUGUCUCUAACAAUCAGUCUGUACUAUAACACCAUCAUUGGGUGGAUUCUGUGGUACCUGUUCAAUUCAUUUCAAGAUAGUCUACCUUGGAGUCAGUGUCCCAUCAAUUUAAACCUAACAGGUCCAGUGCCAGUAUCAGAGUGUGAGAGGAGCUCUUCUGUGGACUACUUCUGGUACAGACAGACCCUGAACAUAACUCCACACAUUGAAGAGGACGGUGGGCUGCAGUGGUGGCUUCUGCUGUGCCAUAUUUGUGCAUGGACUGUGCUCUAUCUGUGCAUCAUACGAGGAAUAGAGACAACUGGAAAGGCUGUGUAUGUGACUUCAACACUUCCUUAUGUUGUACUGACAAUCUUUCUGGUCCGUGGACUAACACUCAAGGGCUCUCUGAAUGGAAUAAAGUUCCUCUUUACACCAGAGCUGUCAGAGUUGUCAAAACCAUCCACAUGGCUUGAUGCUGGUGCACAAGUUUUCUAUUCAUUUUCUUUGGCGUUUGGAGGGCUCAUUUCUUUCUCCAGCUACAACUCAGUGCAUAACAACUGUGAACAGGAUGCAGUGAUUAUCUCCAUCAUCAAUGGCCUCACUUCUGUGUAUGCUGCAACUGUCAUUUACAGCAUCAUAGGCUUCAGAGCCACAGACAGAUUUGACAGCUGUUUAAGCGGGAAUAUCUUAGCAAUACUAAAUGCAUUUGAUCUAGCUGAGGGGGAAAUUACUACCAGUAACUACACUGAGGCUCUUCAGAAUCUCAAUAAAACAAAUUCUGAUGCCAUUCAAGCACUACAUCUACAAACUUGUGACCUGAAUACGUUUCUUAGUGAGGGAGUUGAAGGCACAGGACUUGCCUUCAUUGUGUUUACAGAGGCCAUCACUAAGAUGCCUAUAUCUCCUCUGUGGUCUGUGCUCUUCUUCAUCAUGCUUUUCUGCCUCGGACUGUCCUCCAUGUUUGGAAACAUUGAGGGAGUUUUAGUACCUCUCCAAGAUCUAAAAGUUUUUCCCAAGACAUGGCCAAAAGAAGCUGUAACAGGUGUAACAUGUCUGGUCUGCUGCUUGGUGGGGCUUAUUUUUAUCCAAGCGUCUGGAAACUACUGGCUGUCUCUGUUUGACACUUACGGAGGAUCCAUCCCACUGCUGGUGGUUGGAUUCUGUGAAAUGUUCUCCAUUGUGUACAUUUACGGCAUAGACAGGUUUAAUGAUGAUAUCAAGUUUAUGAUCGGGCACAAACCCAACUUCUUCUGGCAAAUAUCUUGGAGAUUUAUCAGCCCAGUUAUUAUGUUCUUAAUCCUGGUGUUUUACUUUGUCACAAAAGUUUCAGAGAAGCUUCUCUACAAAACAUGGGACCCUGAAUCGGACAAAUUCCCAACACUGGUAGAAAAGACUUACCCAUCAUGGAUCUAUGUCAUCAUUUUCAUACUGGCGGGGAUACCGUGCCUUGCAAUUCCUUUUGCAGCUGUUUUAAAAUGCUGCAAAUCAAGGAAACAAGAGAAGUUACAUCUCAACAGUUUUUCUCUAAACUCUACAUCAACCAUGAGUGAAAAAUAA